CUCUAAGAUAGACGCAAAGACUUUUUUAAGUAGCCUAAGCUAAAUUAGAUUCAAAGCUGAGACCAUGACCCAGGGAAAGGUUUUAGUAACAAGCAAGUCAAACAAUGACUCGGAUGUUCAGCCGAUGGCUCCAGUUCCUCCAAGUUAUGAGGAAGCAACUACUGGUGAAAGCCCUUGUUAUAGUGGAGCUUAUACUGGAGAUGGUGAGAUGCUCACAGAAUUCAGCUGGGAUGACCAAAACAUCAGGAGGAUAUUCAUCCGCAAGGUGUACACCAUCCUUAUGAUCCAGCUAUCCAUCACAAUUGCCUUUGUGGCUCUUUUCGUUUUCUGUGAACCCGUGAAAUAUUACAUACAGACCAACCCUGGCUGGUACUGGGCAUCAUAUAGUAGUGCACAGAGACAAUUCCCAUGGAAUCUGAUUCUGCUCAUUAUCUUUACUCUGUCUCUUUCUUACAUGACAGGAAUGUUGUCCAGCUACUACAAUACUAAGUCUGUCAUCAUCUGCCUGGGUAUUACUGCCUUGGUGUGUCUUGCUAUUACUAUCUUUAGCUUCCAAACCAAGAUUGAUAUUACUUCAUACCAAGGUGUGCUGCUAGUCUUCUGCACAGUAUUGUUUAUUUGUGGACUUGUCCUGGCAUUCACCCUGCCCUUUGGAUAUGUUCCGUGGUUGCAGGCUCUGUAUGCUGUAUUGGGAGCAAUGCUGUUUUGCAUGUUCCUGGCAUUUGACACACAGAUGCUGAUGGGGAAAAAGCAAUACACCAUAAGUCCUGAGGAAUACAUCUUUGCCACUCUCAGCAUAUACCUGGACAUUGUUUACAUCUUCUCUUUCAUUCUCCAGUUGUUCGGAACUCCUGAACGGGAGUGAAUAUGCUGUUAACCUGAAGCUCUAACGGCUCUCCUGAGUGUCUUUUGUUUCUCUGAUCUGAGUGAUCCUGUCUUUCCAGCAUGAUUUGGGUCUUCAGGGCACGUUGUUGUGUUUAAGCCCAUCACCACAGCUUUUACGAUGUGCCAUGCAUUUAUCCUGUAGCAUGAAGGAGGUUCUUGCAUUUACAUUGCAUACAUACACUGGUAAAACUUUAACAACAUUCAGCCAGUUUUACAAAUGGUGUCAUAGGAAACAAAACAGAAAAUAUUAAAUGCACUGGUGCUGUGAAACCUAUAUGAUAUCAUUAGCAGUGAAAGUGCAUGAAAUAGAGCACAAACAGCAUCACACUAAGGUGAAACUGUUUAGUAGGAUUUAUCCAUCAAUGUCCACUGCAUUCAUCUUUGUGUCUGACCCUGCAAAAGUUUCAUAUGUGAUAUCACAGCAUGAGGACAUUUUAACAAAUCAUUCUGAAAAACUAGAUAUUGUGGUUUUAGGUGUGCACAUACAAUAUGAAUCAAAGCAAUAUUUUCAUUUCUGAGUUCAUUUGUACAAAUGUGAUUGAAAUAAUCAGUGUUUCCAUUUGAAUUAAUUAACCAUAAUAUUUCAUAUGCUAGGAAUUUUCUAUUUGGUGAUUUUCACUGUCAUUGUAAAGUCAUUGACUUGAUAGAGAUAUGCUUUUUGAGCAUUAAUUAUAUUGCUUAGGCCUUUAUGUGUUAUUAAAUCCAAUUUUUUUAAUUCCCUAGAGUUUUAAUGUAUUAUCAUCAGCACAGAUCUAUUUUUGAAGACAAUGAGUUGUGAAUGAUUUUGGAUGUGUACAUAGCUAUACAGUGUUCAAUAAAAGAGUGCAAAAUUACUGCAGCUGGAUUUUAACAGUAUGCAUUGCUACAUAUGAGGUAUUUUUUCCCUGUUUGUAGACUUUACAGUAGAGAUUGUGUAAUAAAUAUAAUUUAUUAAAAUGUAUUGAAUAUGAAAUCAUUAAAUGACAAUGUAUGUUCCAGUUGCAAAUUAAAAAGAUGCAUUUCCUCAGUCAGAGUAAAUAAAUGUCAAUGUUCUUGAUUUUCUCUGAAAA